GCUGAAGGCCACGUCACUCUCUCAACUAAUUUAAAGAAAGUGGUUCAAAAUCCUCGUCGUGUCACCUCUCCCUCCAUUUUCUUAAAUGCAAUUGCAACUCCUUCCCACAUCUCACACCUUCUUCACCCGCUUCUCUCUUUCACCCAUUAUUCAUAGAAACACGAAUAUGACAUCCGGGUCGAACUCCUUGAUGUGGUUCAGAAAGGGUCUUCGGAUCCACGACAACCCAGCCCUUGAAUACGCUGCAAAAAACUCUAACCACGUCUACCCUGUUUUCGUCAUCGACCCACAUUACAUGAAACCCGACCCGAAUUCCUUCUCCCCCGGUUCAAACCUUGCAGGGUUGAACCGGAUCCGGUUCUUGCUCGAAAGUCUACUUGAUCUGGACUCCGGUCUAAAGAAACUCGGUUCACGCUUGUUGGUGUUACAUGGCGAACCUAGCGAGGUUUUGAUUCGUUGCUUAAAGCAGUGGGACAUAAAAAGGUUGUGCUUUGAGUAUGACACUGAACCAUAUUAUCAAGCUUUAGAUGCUAAAGUUAAGAACUACGCUUUAGAGAAUGGCAUAGAAGUAUUCUCUCCGGUUACUCAUACAUUGGUCAAUCCUGUAGAGAUUAUCGAAAAGAAUGGAGGAAAGCCACCACUGAGUUACCAAUCAUUUCUGAAACUCGCUGGCGAACCUCAUUGGUUGAUUUCUUCAUUAUGUACCACACCCGCUACAAUUCCUCCAAUUGGGGAUCUUGGAAAUUGUGAGGUUUCAGAAGUUCCAACAGUUGAACAACUUGGGUAUGAACACUUUCAAGAGGAGGACCCGGACCCACCUCUAUUUAAAGGUGGUGAAUCCGAAGCAUUAAGGAGGCUGCAAGAAUCAACUAAUAAUAAGGAAUGGGUUGCGAAAUUUGAGAAACCGAAGGGUGAUCCUUCUGCUUUUAUAAAGCCUGCAACAACAAUGUUAUCUCCCUAUUUAAAAUUUGGUUGUCUAUCUACUAGGUACUUUUAUCAGUGCAUCAAAGAGGUUCAACAAGAGGUCAAAAAUCACACCUCUCCACCGGUUUCACUUAUUGGGCAGUUGUUAUGGCGAGAUUUUUUCUAUACUGUUGGUUUUGGUACUCCUAAUUUUGAUCGUAUGAGUGGUAAUACGAUUUGCAAACAGAUACCUUGGAAUGACGAUGACGAACUGUUAGCAGCAUGGCGGGAUGCUCGGACUGGAUUUCCUUGGAUCGAUGCCAUCAUGGUUCAGCUUCGGAAAUGGGGUUGGAUUCAUCAUCUGGCGCGCCAUUCCGUCGCAUGUUUUCUAACUCGUGGAGAUCUGUUUGUUCAUUGGGAAAAAGGUCGUGAUGUUUUCGAGAGACUCCUCAUCGAUUCAGAUUGGGCGAUUAACAAUGGAAAUUGGUUAUGGCUCUCGUGCUCGUCGUUCUUCUACCAGUAUAAUCGCAUCUAUUCUCCGAUCUCAUUUGGGAAGAAGUACGAUCCGACUGGCGCAUAUAUCAGACACUUCCUUCCGGUUCUAAAAGAUAUGCCGAAGGAGUAUAUUUAUGAACCAUGGAAGGCUCCUUUAAGCGUUCAAACGAAAGCAAAAUGUAUCAUCGGAAAAGAUUAUCCAAAACCAGUAAUUUGUCAUGAUGAUGCGAUCAAAGAAUGCAAGAGGAAGCUGGCUGCAGCAUACGAGUUGAACAAGAAAACGAACGGUGUGGUGACCGAUGAAGACAUGAAAAAAUUAAGGAGAAAACUUGUGGAAGAUCAAGGGCAAGGGAACGAUUCCAGGAGACUCAAACAGAAGUUGAUUUGAUGGACUAACUUGUGACUUCAGAUUUCAGAGAUUACAUAGAGGGAUUAAAAUAUUGAAAUACGGAGGAAAAAUUUACGCAUCAAAACUUGUAUUGUUUAGUUUUUGUUUGUUUACAUUUAUGAUUUACCCCUUUUGUUGUAUAACCAAUCAUGCUCAUGCACUCCACUUUCUUAUAAAU